AUGGGCAAAGACACGUGGAAACUGGGCCGGAAGUCGCGAUCGAUGUUGCAGACUUCCCAGGUGAUAAUGAAUCUUCGCAACAUCCACUCCGACAAGGAAAACAGACCAGAGCACUCACUGCAAGAACUUUCCCUGAUGCGCGACCUUUCAGUGAUGCAGUUGCAGCUCCAGAAGACCGAGAACCUGCUUACUGACGCACGCCGUCAACGCGAUAACAACCGUCGACGAGAUAAUCGAAGGAAAGUCAAGGAGGAGAUGCUUGAGGAAAAGCUGAAGGAGAUGGAGGCCGAACGGGACGAGAUGAAGGUGGCACAAAGGGAAAUGGAGGGACUAAUCAAGAAACAACAAGAGGAAACUGCCAAAACGACGUCUCACCUUCAAGACUCGAAUGAACACCUUCGCAAACAAAACAAAGCCCUUCAAAUGAAAGCUUCCCGGGCUUUGACUGCGAAAUCGAAGUCAGCGGAGGUUGUAGAUGCACUUGCGUUAACCUCAAGACGUCGCCUCAAGGAGGACGGGGUAGUAACUGACAAUGCUCGAAUCCUCGUUCGCGACCUGAUUGAAUGCAACAUUCCGGUGAAGCAUGUAGGGAAGGCUAUCAAUGUUGUGGCGCAACACUUUGGUAUCGAGGUGCCGGACAAAAUCAGCGAAAGAACAGUUGGGCGCGUAGUUUUGGAGGGUGGUAUUGCAGCAGAAAUGCAAAUAGUUGAUGAAGCUAAUCACUCGCAAAACAUAACAUUGAGUGGAGAUGGAACAACGUUACGGAAUGUUAACUAUGAAUCGAAGCACUUCAAUUACCGAACAACAUUGUACAACGCGACCGGUGCAAGUUCCACAGAGUUGGGUAGCCGGAAUGACCAUCGUGACCCCCCUGAUUCUGAGCGCGUAACUCGAUUCCUGGGCCUCACAUCGUCAAAAGAUCACACAGCAGAAACCCAGAUUAUGGGCUGGAAAGAAACAAACUCAACCUUUAACGAGACUUAUAGUGACAGUCCGCGGGGGAAGAUCAAUCCAGUGAACCCUCGCGCGAUACCCGCAAAAUUCACAGGGAAUGGAACAGACCACGCACCAGAUCAAAAGAAGGUUGCGCGAGGAUUACGCCAGUGGAAGGUUGAGAGCGAGCGGAUUGUUAGAGGGGAGAGGGAAGCGAAUACGUGGACUGUGGAGGCGCUGCUCAAGGUAGUCGUGGAAGAGAACCAGAAAAAGGUUUCGGCUGUGGGAGGACUUGACGCAUUCGACGCAUUAUCUCCACAGGAACAAGACGUCCAAAACAAGGCAAUGUAUGAACGGGUUUGCUCCCACGUUGGUGAGAAAUCUUUUAAUGCGAUGAGCGCUGCUCAGCAGCAUGCCGCCAAUUUGUUCAUUUGGGCGGGGUGCUGCAUGCACAAGGAACUCAAUGCAAUUAAAAUCGGCGAUACGUCGAUGGGUGCAUUCUGGAAGGAAGAAAACCUUACACCACCUAUGAAGCUGAUGAACAAGGACAAUGCACGAGCAGCAGGUUCAGGGUCAGCUACUGCCAAAGAAAAUGCAGAAGCCGUAUCGCAGGGUGGGGGAACAAAGCUCACGUCUCUGGCAGGAGCAAUAUUCAACCAUAAGGACGAUAAAAAGGGACAGGGCGAUACGUUCCGGAUGUUUUUUGAACAGGAGAUCGGGUAUAUGAUAUCUUUUCCGGACACGAGCAACACGCGCUAUCAAUCGCACUGCAGGGCAGCCUGUGAGCUCCUUGUUCAUAGAUCCCUGUAUAUUAAAUUUCUUGACCAGGUUCGAGACAAGAAAGAAAAAAGAAAUUUAAAUCAUAUGGAGAAUAAUGUAUACCUGGGACUCCACGACAUUCCAACCCUAACAGAACUCGCCGUACUGUCUCUGUACAGCCAAGCCAUCAGCCAUCCUUACUUGCGGCAGGUGCGCGGUCCUGGAAAGCAAUUUACCAAUGUCUUGGACCUUGGACCUCUCCACACUCGGGUGAAAGAACAUUGCCACGCAAUUAUUUCUAAUCCUGACCUCCUUCUUUCCCCUGGUGCUACAAGCGCAACAGGAGCACUAGACGGUAAAGUUUGGGAACGCCCAGAAGCUGUCUACACAGUGCAUGCGAUGAUGGAUACACUACCUCAUCUCCGGGGCGCUUUGGUUGCAUUUUUUACAGGUGCAUUGGAGGGCUGGAAGCGUUUUACCACGGAGUUUGAGCCUGGUGGUGCAAUUGAUUUAGCUUCACCAGAGGAACACGAGCGUGCAUGGAUAAAAACAACUAACGAUGACAACGAAGGGGCUCUAGGUGUUCUCCGUGUUGGAUCACGUCGAGCACCAAAUAUGUCGAAUCACCAACGGAACACACGCGAGAUGCACAAGAAAAAUCAGACAAAGCGUUAUGUCCGCCGAAUUUUGACGCAUGCAGACCUCAAGUAUCUCCGGAGAAAGGCAUGCGAGAGGGACAGUAGCCAGCUCGAAAAAACCCGGAGGUUAAGGCAGGCCAAGGCUGAUCGUGAUAUGGUAGAAGCUAAACGCGAGAAGGACAGCGCGAGGAGUGCAGCCAAAGCCAAGGUCAAUGCGGAACUUGAUAAGGUGACUGUUCGCCUCGACGUGUCAGCUGUUGAGGCUUCACCGGGGUCAAAUGCGACGCUGGACUUAGAAUUGGCGUGGUUUCGACGCAUCGACAAGGAGGUCCUCGUGAAAGGCAAACUGGGCAACAAAAACCUCAAAAAAGAGGCUUUAUUAAAAGCCAUCGAGCGCCACCUAGUACGAAUGUCUAGAGCUCAAAACCAGCAAGAGCUUGAAGCUCAACUCGACCUGAGCAGUGAAUGGGAAAGCUACAUUCCAGAGGAGAACACAUCCGACAUUGAUAGUGACGCAGAUAUGGAACUUGGCUACUAA